GCGCAUGCGUCUCACACUCAGCGUCGCUUCAUCCAUCUCCCCCUGACAGCAGACCUCCAUUCAACCAACCAAAGCACUCACCGACCCCGUCUAUCCACCACCCAUCCAUUCAUUCAUUCGUCCCCGUGCAAGAGUGAAGAUGCUGGCGUGUACAGAGAUGAUCACGAUGUGUCUGCAAUCGGCCAAGCGGCAACACCUCAGCAAACAGCAGCAGCAGGAGUGUGAUCAUAACCACAACCGCACCGCAUCGCUUUUCCACGAUAUAUUUCGCCGUGCGGACAAAAAUGAUGACGGGAAGCUGUCCCUGGAGGAGUUCCAAUCAUACUUCAGUGACGGGGUCCUCACAGACGAGCAGAUGCAGGAGCUUUAUUGCUCCGUCGACAGACAGAAUGCCGAGAACAUGGACAUCGACAAACUGUCAGAGUACUUCAGUCCACAUGUGGGAGAGUACAUUAACGUGCUGUCUGCGCUUGAGAAGCUAAAUGUGGCUAUUUUAAAGGCAAUGGAUAAAACUAAAGAGGAGUAUCAAGGCUCUUCGGUGCUGGGUCAGUUUGUAACACGCUUCCUGCUUCGGGAAACCUCCACCCAGCUGCAGUCCCUGCAGUCAUCACUAGACUGCGCUAUGGAGGCUGUCCAUGAUCAAGGAUGCACAGGGAGAAGGUCCGUCAAGAAGCCCGAGGACCUGCCCAUCCAGAGGGUCUCCAAACGACGCAUCCAGAAGAACAUGUGUCUCUCCCCGACAGACCCUUACUCUGGCAUGCUGACCACAGGGGUCAGCGUGGAGUCCGACUACCACUGGGGAGGCCAGGUCGGCCAAUUGGAGCAGCUCAUAGACAAGCUGGAGUGUGAGAGUCCACAUCUCGAACCCCUUAAAGAAGACACGCUGGCAGGGACAUAUAAAUCGAACAUCCUCCUGGUCCAAAGACAAAUGUCAGUGAAGGAAUGUGAUGUGGAAAAGUUCCAGCAUGCUCUGAAGAGCUACACGGAGGCCAGCAGCAGACAGCAAAACAACCUGCACAUUUCCGUCCAGAACUUGCCCGACAGAUCAUGCUUCAUCAUGUAUGAAUUUUGGCAAGAUCGUCUCUCCUGGAUGAGCUUCCUGCAAUCAUCCAUCAGUAAGACGUUUCAGCGCUGCGCGAUCGACUCAUUGGAGGAGCAAGAGAUCAUCUCUACCAUGCUCCUCCCAGCUUCCUGGUGGAUUAUGAACAACAACUGACGCAGCGACGCUUCUUCAGAUCGGCACCGAUGGGGAACAAAGGGGAUUAUUGUUGUUGUUUGUUGUUGCUCUGUUCUGUAAAUUCAGAUUUUCCUUAAGGCGUGAUGGGCAGAAGGGAUGUGCUUCAAGGUCCCCAAAAAAAAAAAAGAAAGAAAAGGACAUGAAUAGAAUGUAGUGCAACAUUUUAUGGAGCGAGCAGCGUCAGUACUGAUGUGGUACUUUUCUUACUCCUGAUUUAAUAGAAGCACAAGAAAUUGAAACGGGGCGG